GAAUAUGCCUGCGCGGCCGCCGUACUUGUGUUUGAAAUAGAAAACAAAACACAAUUUGCACACUGUCUAGUAGCCGUGCUAACCACUAGUUAAGCAAUGGCGGAAUAUUCUCACGUAAAAUCGACCAAACUGGUUUUGAAAGGUCUUAACAAAGGGAAAAAGAAGAAACAUAAAGAUAAGAAGAGAAAAGCAUCAGAUGAAGAAGCAAAGCCAGAUAUUGUUGGUGGUUGGUGGUCUGUCAGCAGCUUUGGGGAAAUCACUGGAACAGUUGCCAUAGAGAUGCAGAACAACUCGUACAUCCACGCCCUGGAUAGUGGGCUCUUCACAGUUGGUGCACCACACAAAGAUGAUGAAGGACCUGACCCUCCAGAACAGUUUACUGCCAUCAAGGUCUCAGACACAAGGAUAGCCUUGAAGUCUGGAUAUGGCAAGUACCUGGGUAUCAACUCUGAGGGUUUGGUAGUGGGGCGCUCUGAUGCCAUUGGCUCCAGGGAACAAUGGGAAGCAGUAUUCCAGGAUGGCAAAAUGGCUCUCCUGGCAGCAAAUAGCUGUUUCAUCUCCUACAGUGACAGUGGGGACAUCGUGGCCAAGAGCAAGACAGCAGGGGAUGGCGAGAUGCUGAAGAUCAGAUCAAAUGCGGAACGAGAGGUCAAGCAUAAAGAUGGCAUUGCAGAAGAGGACAGGGGCAAUGUGAAGUCUUGCGAGGUCAAUUAUGUGAAGAAGUUUCAGAGUUUUCAAGAUCGGCGACUCAGGGUUAAUGAGGAAGAUGCCUCCUCUCUGAAGAGAGCCAGAACGGAUGGGAAAUUCCAUGAAGCUUUGCUUGACAGGAGAAGCCAAAUGAAAGCCGACAGGUACUGCAAGUGAAGACUCAACUUUGUAAAUUACUGCCAUGUCUUUGUAAAUGUCUUGAUUUUAUAGAUUUGGCCAUUUGAUCUGACGUUUGUUGUAGUGGGGGUUUUUUUUGUUUUUAAAUAUUUUGAAUAAAAUGACAUGGUCAAAUCA